CCGACAUCAAGACCGUCAGUUCGCUCUGCCGCAGGUUUCAGAAUGUUCUGCUGCUGUUUCCCUCGCAAGUCGUCGCCUGCACAGGCCUCCCAUGAUGGCGCUGCCCGGUGGUUCGGCAUGGCGUUCAUGCCGAUGCUGAUGUCGAUGUUCGGCGCGGCGGCGGGCAGCAAGAAGAAGGCCGCUGAGGACCGGGCCGUCAAGGAGCUGGCCUACUCCCACCUGUUCGGGUACGAGAACCGCCGUCAGCGUGCCCACGGCCUGAAGGCCUACCUGAUGGGGAGGGUGGGGAUGGGCAGGCCGGCUGACGUGCGGCAGGGGGCGAUUCCGUGGAUCCUCAUGCUGCACAACACCUUUUCACUCGGUACACCCAUCGGCGGAUGCAUCUGCAGUGAAUGCAUCUGUGCAUUGCAUACACAUGUUCUUCUCAUUCUCUGCAGAUGAGUCCGGUGGGGGCGUUCAAAGUGAUGGAGGGAAUGAUGCCCACGGUGAACAUCAACAAGUGGCUGCUGUUCUCAAGUAUGAGCGGAUGCACAACACAGACACAGGGCCCUCACUCCUUAACACUCAUAUUGUGUUUGCCCUCGCUCUUCUGUUCUCUCAUGUCAGUUCACGUGACGGCUCUCAUCUUCGGCCCAGAGGCCAUUGACGACAAGGCCAUUGAGGAGCAGCUGACUCUCCUAAUCGCGGUCUUUGGCCAUGAUCUGAUGCGGGCGCUGACCUUAGUGGUGCAGGGGGCCCUGCUGUUCACGCCGCUCGACAACGUCCAGGAGUGGCCCAAGGGGGUAAUGGAGAUGGCCGACAUGGUGGCCGUGUGGAGCCGCCUCUGUGUCGGCAACGUGAUGACACGGGAGGAAAUACUCAACGCCUUCGAUGCCCUGGCAAUGAAGGAGAUCAUCGACGACAUCACCGGCACCACAACAGGUGAGCCCCUGCACUCACCGCAGCAGAAACCCAUUCACUGUGUGUCUCUGUUGAUGCAUGUGUGUGUGCAGUGGUGCAGUUCAUCCGAGAGUGUGGUGUCUGCGUGUCGAACAGCGAGGCCACCACAAGUGAGGGCACAAAGGCCCAUGUGAGCCGUGCAGAGAGCGCCUCGGCGGCCACCGAACCUGACAACGGAUAUGAGAGAGAUGGCGCCACAUGUAAGGCAGCAACACAUGGCACAUUUCAAUGAACACACGAACCUGAGUCUAUUGCCUUCUGUGCCAUCCGUCUUUGGUCAGAUUAUGAUGCCAUCGAAGGAUGAAGACCCACACCAGGCUGAGCUAACAUCCACUGAAGGGGUGUAUGAGUGAUACGACUGGCUGUUGACAGUGGGUGGGGGUCAUUGUGGGAUUUGCUCCUUUGUCCGCCGUGGCUGCCUGCGGUGCCCAUCGAUGAGCACCUGCAUGGCUGGCUGAUGCGCAACCGUCUUCUCUCUCCUUUCUGGCUGCUGGCUGACUCUACCGCCGUCCCUUGUGCGUGUGUGUGAGUGCGGAU